ACGGGUGAUGUCCCAAUGACCACUAAUAACCCAAACAGAGGCAUAAGCUUGUCAUGUGCGGCUAUCAUAUGACAUUCCAUACAUAUAUACCUGUUGAAUUCGUUUAACCUCAUUUUAAUUUAAAAAUUUUCGGAAAGGAUAUCUGCGCAUUUGAAGGACGAAUUUCCCGCUGGUCCUCUCUAGCUACAAAAGACUUCUAAGCAGUUUCCACUGAGAAAGGCCGUUUGUCUUUGAGGAAGUUCACAAGUGAAGGGGAGAGUUCUUGAUAUAUUUUUGCGUGUUUGAAAGUGCUCCGAGAGAAAUGAAGGGCGCCAACGGGCAGAUCUUACGGGCUGGCUACUUGUUGAAGCAAAGCCGAGACGUUCUGAAGCAAUGGCAUCGCCGUUAUUUUGUCCUGAGCAAAGAAUGCUUGUGCUACUAUCACACAGAGGAGGAAUCGAUGGAAAACGCGCCUAAAGAAGUCAUAUUCUUCAAUGAUAUGUCGUUGUAUAUAGACGAGUUACCGGACAAGCAAACUAAGUACUGCCUAAGGAUCGUUAAACACUCACUAUCACCCAAGAUCACAGAUCGGACAUUUUUAUUGUGUUGCUCUUCCCAGGAAGAGAGAAAUGACUGGUUGACGCAGAUUCUACACGCAAAAGCGCUCGCUUUAGUCGUCGAUCCAACAGCUUGGGUGGAAGGCAAGCGUCCGGAGAAAUUAACAGAAGACGUGGACUUUGAGUUUCAGUCUAGCUGCGGUCAGACUAGCGUCCGGUUCACCUCCGCGAAAGAGGUUUUACAGAAAUGCCGACGGAAACUUUCGAUAGGCACGCGGGCUUUUCCAAUUAGCCUAGUUCCCGCUCACGUGGACAUGAACAGAAGUCCGAAGUCCUUAACCCUGAGUCGGGAAUUGAGGAAUGUGAUAAUGGUGUCUUAAAAUGACAUUAACAGUGGUCUCGUAGAGGUGGCUUCAACAAUCCACGUGAUGACAUAAAAGCACUCAAACAUUUGAGGAGAAUCUUGAACAUCUGAACUUAAAAAGCAAGAAUUCAAAGACGAACUUAUGAAAUAAGCAGUUUAUUUGUGGUAGUAGCAGUGUAUUUUCACUAACUUUAAAACUCCUUCGUGAGGAAAGCUUAUAUUUAAAUAUUCCUGCUCGAGUCUUCUGCUUCUUUAAACAGUUCUCGCAUUUAGAAGUAACUCAAACUUUUUAUGCUUUAGGGCAGAAGAUGCCUUGUAGUUAAUAAAGGAGUGCGCUUGUAAAUUGGCCAGAUUGAAGAGACAAACCUUAGAGAACUGAAAAAUACAUCCCUGCGAGUUGUAUUUAAUGCUUAUAGCGAUGGUGCAUAGCCCCCUUAAACUUGUAUUUAAUGUUUAUAGCAUUCUGCAUAGCCCCCUUAAAAUGCUUUAUACAUCUGGACUUAAAUGUACGCAUAUUUUAUGUGUAACUAGACCUUUCCUUGUUAUCUAUUUGUAUAGGUUUAUUUUGAUAUUACAUAGUUUUAUCUAUUUAUUUUUUUAAUCUUAAAUUACAGUAUCCAAAAUAUGCAGGUAUGUUUUAAGAUUAAAUAAUGUUAUUUAGUCUAUUUCAUGUUAAGUUAUUUCCCACAGUUAGCUUUGUCCAAGAUAAAUAAAUCUGAAACUAAUUAUAGAUGACCCAUA